UUUCGGAAAACCAAUUGUUUUUUCUAUAUACAUAGUUAUUUAUAAUCUCUAUGUGACCGUUUUCUAAGUGACAUUUGACAAAAAUUUUGGGCCAACGAUUAAAUGUUCUUAAUCACACUAAUCGCAUGCAUGGAAAGCGAGAGAAUAUUAGUCCAAGAACUAAUGCUUUUUUUUAAAACAUAUGUAUAUUGUAAAAAAAAAUGGAUGACGAUAGUUCAACUGAGUUGGAGAGGGAUUGAGUAAAAAAAAGGAUCUAAAGAAAUAGCAGCGGCCAUUUAAUCUGGAUCUGCAACAGAAAACCAGUUGAGUGGUGUAUUGUAUAGAGCACAUGAUGAUGCUCCUUGUUGUGCGCGUCUUUCAUUAUGUGUAACAAGUGAUUGGGUGUGUUAUCCUUUCUGUGUAUGUCUUUGUUAUACUACUACUGGUGGUAGUUGAUUUCCCUUUAUAUCAGUUAAAUUGCUAAUUCUUUUUCGAUUCUUAUUAAAUUAAAAAAAUGUUGUUAUCUUCCCUUACAGUGAAAAAUUAAUGAAACCUAUAAUGUGCUAUAAUGUAUGUAUGUACGAGUAUGUAGUUAAUAUAUCCUUCAGUUUACUUUGUGAAAAUUUUUACACUUUUCUAUGAUUUAUUGGAUUGAACUUAAAACUAAAAUUACAAAAGCAAUUUCCCAGCUGUAUACUUUUAUUUUGGAUCAGUAUUAAUACAAAGAAAUCAAAGUUUAAUUUUUGCAUAGUCCUGAAGUCCUCCAUCUUCAACAGAAUUUAAUUUUUUCUGAGCGUGUUGUUAUAUAGUUUUUAUAUAAUCUAUUUGUAUCCGAUGUGGAAUCAGAAUAUACAGAUAGAGAAAAGUGAAAAUGAAUCAAAUUUAUAUGUAUGUACCUAUAAUCUAAAUAUAUAGGAAAAACUCUUACUGUGAAGAAAGCUAUGAAGUUAUAAUGAUAAAUUAAAACGAAAUAGAAAAGGCGAUAGAAUUUGGAAAAACGAUACAAAAAUGUCAACAUAGUAACAAGUAAAAUAAUAUAGAUCGAAUUAAUCAAUUGGCGCGUUGUACAUACGUUAUGAUGUGCUUAAAUUUUGUUUUCCUGUGAUAUAAUUUCUGUACGGAUUUCAAUUGAAAUACAACGCAAGUUUUAAUAAUCUUCUUUUUAGUCUUAACUACGUUGUAACUAUAUGAUUUAAAAAAUAGUACAAGUGCUCAAACAUUAAAUUGACUGAUCAUGACUUAAAUGAUUUAUACGGAAGAUAUGGAAAAAAUAAGGAGGAGAUCCGUAUGCAUUCUUGGUUGUAAAGUUUUCAACCAUACUUUCCGUGCUCCCAAUGCUAACAGGGGAAGAGUAACGAGUUCCACUCCAACAACAGAACUUAUUGCUCAAAGUUGAUCAUGAGUAUAUAGUCUUAGGAACAAGAUUUGAUAUUAUUUCAUAUAUGAACAAAAAGAGAUGAAUAACAUUAAGAUCAUCAAAGAAUAACGAAUGAAUAAAUAGGUAUCGAACACCUCAUAACGUUUCUCAAGGAAUAUAUCUAUGAAAGAGGAUAAUAAAAACAAGAAAUAACUUUGUAUAACAAUGAAACAUGGCUGUAGAAAAACAGAUUUCGAAGAUCCCUGUGCUCAUAGUCGUGAUAGUGUGAUUAUAUCCCAGCCUCGGACCUAUCCAGAAAAAAAUACCCUGCCACUUACAGUCUCACAGAGGCUUUGGGUGAAAAAAUUAGAACUAUCAUAUCAAAUUGUUUUGAAAAGAAAUUCAUUACUUCACCACUAAUUAAAAAUUAAACAAAACGACCAGAAACAACCUUUUAUCCGUCCCUCAUAAACAUCGUUAAUUUUCUUUUCAUAUAAACUACCAACCUUUUAAGUAGUGUUCGAUAUGUACAGCGAAAAUUUAAACGAUGUAAAUUCAACUGUUGCAAUGACUGCAAUGACGAUGGGGGGUGCCACCUCACAAGAUUACUUUAAAUUGUUCAACGAUUUUACCCCAUGGAACCAAACAAGCCCAACAGCAACAACAAAUCUUACCUCAACACCCCUCUCAUGGUCAUCGUCGCUAUCAACGUUGUCAUCGACGACUACAUUCAGCGGAUUAUUUGAGAGCAAUAACAGCACGAACGGCACCAACCUAAGUAGUCCAUCCAUCAUUUAUAGGCCAACACUGGACGAACAGGACAAUGAAGUCGCUGAUACUGGUGGUGAUGGUAAUAGCUAUGGCGAAAAUAUAGCUUUGAUCGACAGUGCGGAACAACCAGCAGUGGAUAUUGAAGGCGAUUAUACAGCGGUAUACAUUGCUUCCAAUGGCGUCGCAGAGGGUAUUGGUGACUCGGUAUCGGUAUUGAAUGAAAAUGAAAAUACGACAUCGUCCCUUCAACGGACAGCCGGUGAUGAUGAUGCGGGUGGUGACAGCGGUGCAGAUAAUAAUGUGGGUGGCAUGGGUGGAUUUGGUUCCAACAGUGGUGGUAGCACGUUUAUGUUAUUAUUAGAAGAUUUUGGAGAGUAUUUUUAUAAUUAUAAUGGGAGCAGGGUUUCCGGUACAACAAUGAGUAGCGGUUUUAAUUUCACAGAAUUUGAUUAUCGAAAUAAUUGCACGGGUAAUGGAACAUGUACAGAAUCAACAGAAGUCUACCACAAUUAUUGGGCGCUGAUUCUGAUUUUAUUUCCAUUCUUAACGUUAUUUGGUAAUGUUUUAGUUAUUUUAUCAGUGUGCCGUGAACGUUCGCUUCAAACAGUAACCAACUAUUUCAUAGUGUCGUUGGCGAUAGCCGAUCUUCUAGUUGCCGUUGUGGUUAUGCCAUUUGCUGUUUAUGUUUUGGUAAAUGGAAGCUGGGCUCUGCCAAAUGUCGUUUGUGAUUUCUACAUAGCAAUGGAUGUGAUAUGCUCCACAUCAUCGAUUUUUAAUCUAGUUGCGAUAUCGAUAGACAGAUAUAUCGCAGUAACUCAACCAAUAAAAUACGCUAAGCAUAAAAAUAGUCGUCGUGUCUGUUUAACAAUACUUCUAGUUUGGGCAAUAUCAGCGGCAAUCGGAUCGCCCAUAGUUUUAGGAUUAAAUAAUACUCCCAAUCGUGAUCCUGAUUUAUGUAUAUUUUAUAAUACGGACUUCAUAAUGUAUUCGUCUCUAAGCAGUUUUUUAAUACCGUGCAUUAUAAUGGUAUUUCUAUAUUGGAGUAUAUUCAAGGCAUUACGCAGCAGAGCUAGGAAGCAGAGGGCUGCGCGCAAACCUCAUUUAUCGGAGAUAACAUGUGGGAGCGUUAUAGAGAAUAUAGCACAAACCAGAAGGUUGGCAGAAACAGCACUGGACAGCAGUAAAAGUGCGAGCCGCAUAAUGCCUGAUGAACCAGCAACGAAUACAGCAUCCGGGUCCAAUGAGGAAGAAGAUGAAAAUGCAAUAUCGCCUGAUAUAGAUGACUGUCAUGUUAUCGUUAACGACAAGUCAACAGAAUUCAUGCUUGCGACAGUAGUGGAAGAGACUGGAAACAGCGUUGUAGCCCAAAUUACAACACAUCCGCAACAUGGUAUGGGGGAUCCAAAUGGUAAUCAUGAUUCUGGUUAUGCACCUUCAAACGUUGACGAUGUCCUUGCAGGCACAUCUGGAAACUCACCGGUCGAUAGCCCCAUGGCAAGUGGGAGUUUAAAACACCCUAAUUUGACUGUCAAGCGUAAUGGUUUAGAUGGGUCACCGAAGGGUGAUCCAGCUCUAAGUGUGGCGAUGAAACCUUUGUCCUUGGUUCGCUACGGUGUGCAAGAAGCAAUUACAUUAGCACGGAAUGAUUCAACAUUGUCAGCGACAUCGAAAACCUCAUCGCGUAAAAAUAAAAAGAACUCACAAGCUUCUAGGUUUACAAUAUAUAAGGUCCAUAAGGCUUCCAAAAAAAAGCGUGAGAAGUCUUCAGCGAAAAAAGAGCGUAAGGCGACCAAAACUUUGGCUAUUGUUUUGGGUGUAUUUCUUUUCUGUUGGGUUCCCUUUUUUACUUGUAACAUAAUGGAUGCUGUUUGCGGAAAAUUAGAAAAAGAUUGCCGACCUCCAAUCCAAGCUUUUUUAUUUACAACAUGGCUUGGUUAUAUGAACAGUUUUGUUAAUCCAGUUAUUUACACUAUUUUUAAUCCAGAAUUCCGGAAAGCAUUCAAAAAGAUUAUGCAUAUGGGGUGAUUGAGGUCAACGAUCAUCACAAGCUCCGUUAAAAUAAAUAAAAUAUUUUAUAAAUAUUACAAAAUAUAUACCAACAACGUACUUUAUUUUCAUAAGUUGCAUAUCAAAUUUUUAAAAAUGUUAGUUUCAAAAUUUUUAAUUUUGUUUUCAUUUAAAUCUAUUUUAUAAAUAAUUGAAUUGAAAAAUCAUAAUUAUUACCAUAGAAUAUGGCAAAGUGAUGCCCAACGAGCAUUUCGAUAGUCUUGUUAUACCAAAAUUAAAAAUAUCAGCCGAAUUUAAUAACAUCGUUUCUCCGUCCGAUAUGAAACUCUUACCGAGACGGAUUAUUGCAUUUUGUUGUACUAACUAAUUUACCGAAAUCAAAAAUCAACUCUUUUAAUUUCAGCUCUAUGCAAAGCCUAUUUUAAAUCUCUUCUCAUCUUAUAGCUAACACGAGGUAGGACUUACAUAUAAAAGCAAUGAGAAAUUGUUAGUAUAUCGAUUCGGAUAUAUCAAGUACAUAUACGUAUAGGCAGUAGCUACCAAUAGUUAAAAAGAAGUUUCCUUCAAAUUCUAUUACUUUAGAUAUGGGUGAUACCGAAUUUUUGAUUUGCUCAGGACAUAAAGUUAGUAUUUGGGCAAGACCGAGCGUAAAGGUAUUCACUUCUGUCGUAGAAGUGCAUGCGAAAAACAAGUUUGUUAAAUACUAAGCAAAAAUUAAAAUGCAGAUCAUUAUGACAAAAGGAAGAAGAGAAAUCCAAAUCAAGGUAAGGAGGAACAUAUUUACCUUCCUUUUAAACUUGUAUUGACAAUAAAUAAAACAUAUUAAAAACAAUUAUCCAAUGUACAGUCGUUCGGAAUUUAUGUGCUUCGGAGAUUCAUUUCAUUUAAAGAAGAUUAAUAUAUUUACUGGCCUUUCACUCUUUACCUUUAUUAUUUCCUUAGGAUGUAUGCUUUUCAACUUAUUGCAGAAAAAAGAAUGUUAGGUAAUUUUUAAGUAAGUUCAAUAAAACUAUAAUAACAUUAUAUUGUCUGCAAAAACAACGAAAUACAUUUGUUUUAUUAAUUAUUAAACCAAUAAUACAGGACUAGAUUUGUCAGGUCAGUUAGUUAAUAAAUACUUAUUUUCAAUACAACUAGCUCUUAAUUUAUAGCUUGAAAUAAAUAUUACACAAGUUCAAUCAUUAGUGUGCUUAGAGAAAUUUGAAUAGCCUUUAUUGGCUUUUCGAAAAAGAUCUCAACAUUUAUUCUAGUUAGUGUAUUAUUUAUGAAGGCCAAUUUGACAGUUUUUUUGUAACACUUGUUAGAAUUAUUAGCUAAAGUAUUUACCUUCAUGAGGGGAAAAAAUUUAUUGUUAUCCUUUAAUAAAUAUUUUCACCUCAACGUUUUAUAGUGUAGCUGAUAAUUUCAGCAGGUGAUCCUAAAAUCAGUUAAAUUUCAAUAAUAAUUUAAUAAUUUUAGUAGUGUAUAUACUUAUGGAAAACCGUAAAUUUCAAUUCCUUUAGAGAAAAGUCACACUCAUAUUCUAAUGUUAAAGGUUUUUAAGUUGCACUACGAAGAGAAAAUCAAAUAAAUCUAAAAAGCUAACAUUUGAACUAGUGAAAUAAUCACUAAUCCAACAACUGCACUCAUAAUCAAAGACAUAUUAGUUUUUUUUAAUCAGUCUAAUAUUAAUCUGGAUUAGCCAAGGCGGACUUGAAAUACUACGGUAGGUCAUGAAUUUUCAAAGCAGGUAUAUUAUUACAAAUUAUUUUAAAAAGUAAGGCCAAUAUCAUUAAAGAGAGGAUAUAAUGAGAUGACAUACGUUUUUUUUUAAAUGCACACCUCCGAAUUCCUAUAUACUCUGGUCAUACUUAUGGCUGCAAACCUUACUGAUUAUACGCCGUAAUACUUUGUGCAAAAUAAUUAAACCGAGCGCAUUCUGUUUCACCAGGCCUUAAGUGCUGAGGAAUUAUUUUGUUGACAUUUCCAACAACUUUUUAGCGCGAAAACGAACAAAAAUGAUACUCUUAAAAAACACCCUAAUAGAAACAAGUAUUAAUUGAGCUUACUUAAAAACAAAAUAUUAUUUUCUUUUCUGCAAUAAAUCGGAAUUUUUAACUCCUAUACACAAAAAUGUAUAAAUAAAUUGAACAACUUUUUGUCUGAACUUGAAUAAUAAUAGAGGUAUUUAAUAAAACAACCUAAAAAAGUGCGACAGAUGCAAAAGCCAUAAGAGUUCGAAUACUUAUUGUUCUUCCUAUUCGAAACGACUACAUAAAACGGUAAAAUCAGAUAAGGGAAAGUUCUGAUAAAUGACAGUCAAAAUUAGCCAAUUUGAUAAACGUUCGUUCACAGUGACAAGUGAUAGCUUGCAAUCUGUAACAAGUGUUCAUAAAGCAAUAUAGUGUUACUUAAAUUAAAUACAGCAAAAUGUUCUCGGUUAUCUUUUUUUACAUCCAAAAACAACAUUCUUUUGAACGAAAAAUAUUAUCGAAAUAUUACCAAAAGGCAGCAAAGUACUUUUAUUUCAAUAAUAUGGAACAUCUGAAAAAAAUGAUCAUGAUAAACUUUCGUUUGGCAUUUCUUACAGAAAGUUGUUCAAUUGAAUUAUUUGAAUUAACGAACACAGUCGGACAGUUAGGUGAUAAAUACAUUUGAAUAUGUAAGAUAGGACAAUCACUUAUAUAACUUUCGCCGGUUUAAACCCGGAUUAAUCCUAAAGUUACGGAUUGAAUAUGUUUAUUGGCCUACUAUCAGGUUUCAGGAUUUUCGAAAGGGCUUGUUCUUUGUUGCGUUAAUCAGGAUGUUUUCACCGGCGAACAAAACACGAAACAUUAGGAAUUUUGUACUUUAUUUUUCAGUUUUAUUUAGUUUUUACAAGGCAGAAAACAUAGUUUCACUUUUAACUAUUCAAUGGAAAUUGCGUUCUGGAAGAACGUAUCGCAUUGAUUUACAGAAAAUCUGAAGUAUUUUAAUUUUGAAAAUAAAGGUAUUUUAAAGCUAUACAAAAUAGUUAAAAUUUGUUUUAACAUCUAAGCCACAAGAAAUAACUACUUUAAAUAAUGGGAUUAAAGUACUAUUUCUGUGGUACUAAAAGUUCACAUUUUAAUGAGCCCCAUACAAACGCAAUAAAAUGUGAAUUUUGAAGAUGCAUGAAAUUUAUUUUAUUUGGACACUUUUGUUUGUUUAGUUGUUGAUAAGUUGUACAUACAUAGAUUAAAUAAGUAAUAUAAGAAUAAAUUUAAGUAUUAUUAUUUUAAAAUGUAAAAUUUAAAUCAAUCUUACAUAAUGUACAUAUAUGUAUAAGAAUAAACAAAUAGUACAUUUUCCAAUACAUAUAAACAAUGUAAAUCAGGGUAUUACAUACACAUAACGAUAAUAAAAUAUAACGAUUUAAUAAAACAUACAAAUAUUUAAAUUAACCUUUGGGGCUGUUUUCUUUAAUUUACAUAAUUAAAAGUAAAUCAUACAAAUAAGUCAAAAAUAGGUUCUGUAAUAUUGUAUUUAGGUACUCUUUAAAUAAACAUGAACAGGAUUGGUAAAUCACUUUUUAAAUAAAAGGUUAAUCAACAUCAAAAACAAAACGAAUAUGUUACUUUAAAGAGACAAAUCAGAAAGUGAUCUGUGCUGAGAACCAUAAGACCAAAGUUAGAGAGUUCAGCAGUGUUUAGAUUUGUAUGAAAAGAGGUUCAUGAUAAAUUUACUGUAGUCGUCGACAACUAAAAUCCUGGGGCCCUACUAUGUAACUCGAUUCUACAAUGAAAUUGCUCCAAUUCGAAAAAUUGGUACUAUAUGUCUAUUUGACUACUUUCGAACCAACGAGAACCGA